GACUGAAUCAGGAAUUCAAUCACUCUGGGAAGAGUGGCAGCCAGCAAGGCAUCGAAGCAAAGUCAUAUAUGAAACAGAAAGGAGAAGAACAAGGCACAAAGCAAGGUAUGGGCUGCUCACCAUGUGUCGGUAAGUGACUGCUGAGAGGCUGAUUAGCUGAUGGAUAGAGGGUUAUCUUCUCUUGCACUCCUGCAAAGGGAUAUAUAUGGUGAGGUAGUAUGAAUUGUGGAUCUAUUACAAAGAUAUGGAAGCCGGGCCACUCAUGUUGUACAAAUAAGCACUAGUUUGAACAGUGGUGCAUUGGUGCUUUCCCUGCUAUUUUGACUUGCAUACAUCACAAAGGUCAUGGACAGAGGUAACCACGGUUGGACUGAUGCUGGAUUGCUGGUCAAUGUGGGCCAAAAUGUUUGUCUGUAGAUCAACCAAACUCUGCGAUCAGAUCAGGCUUCAGAGUUCAGAUGCCACACUCAGAAACCAGAAUUGUUUAUCCUGCUCAAGACCAGGCGCACAUGGUAGGUUGCCCCGGGGAGAAGCCAUAAACCAGAGUCACAUGUACCAUGACCAUCAUCAUCAGCCUCCUAUUGUUUUCAAGCAGUGGGAUCUACUCUACUCAACAAGGCAAUCAAGUAGCACCUUUUUUAGCUUUGCACCGUCUAUAUAAACCAGCCAUCUGCACUAGACCCCAGCACUCACCUGUCUCUUUUAGGCCUCCACAGUAAAGCUUGGUACUGGUGCCUGCUCCAGAGCAAGAUGGCAAGAGGGGCUCAGCCAUCUGCAUCCCUCCUGCUCUUCUCUCUGGGGCUUGUGCUCCUCUGCUUCACCUCAGGAAGCACCAUUCGAACUGUUGAAGGGCAGAAAACUUGGUGCGUGGCGAAGCCAUCAGCAGAUGACAAGGUUCUGACGGCGAACCUCAACUACGCCUGCUCUCAGGUGAACUGUGGAGUGAUCCAGCAGGGCGGCCCGUGCUUCAACCCCAACAACCUGGUGUCCCAUGCCGCUGUCGCCAUGAACCUCUACUACGCUGCCCAUGGAAGGAAUGCCUGGAACUGCUACUUCCAGAACUCAGCUCUCGUCGUGCAGUCUGACCCAAGUUAUGGUUCUUGCACGUACUACUGAUUUUAAACUGAGGUCGAGGUCGAGGCAGAAUCUAUGCAGCGAUGUUUGUAUUAGGAUGUCUUUUACUACUGCCAUGUUAGCUGUGUCGAGAUUCAUUGCGAUGCCCUGAAUCCACUGAUGCUUAGUUUAUUGAUAUAUGAUGGACGUUGAUUUGCUCGGCUCUUGGAUGCUGUUUGUGGCGUCUGUUCCCAUCGCUUUCAUUGGACGUUUGGAAAUUCAGACUUGUUGAUC